AUGGCUAACGAUGAAAGUGCUUUAAGUGCUUUGAAACCAGAUGACAGAUCUAUUGAGGCAAUUUUUGAUUUGAUGGCCAUUUCAUUAAUUGUAUUUAUGGUAGAUGCCGUAAAUGUUUCUCAUUUCAUAAAAGGAUUCCAAUUGACG